AGUUGUAAAUAUUAAGACUGAUUGUAAAUAUUAAUGUUAAUGUAUAGUUUUUACUUUUAUUUAGUUGCUGUAACAGGCAGUGUUAUUUAGUUUUAUUAUAUUUUAAAAUGAACUGUGAUAAUAUAACAAAACAACUUGAAUAUGAUGAAUCUAACUCUGAGUCAUCAUUUGAAUUUAAUUUUGAUGAUGACAUUCAAGAUCCAGAUUAUACAGUUUUUGAAAAUGACGAUCUCGGUGGCAUACUGUGUUUAGAUUCUGAUCCAGAUGAUCAUUUUGAGCCACUUUCAACGACACCCUUAGGAUUAAUCAAUAUUAUAUCAGAAUCCAGUGAAGAUGAUCAACCUACAUCCAUUCGUAUUGGUCUGAAGGUAUUGGAUAUAAUUCUCUGCGUGACAAAACAAUUAUUGUUCCUCCUAGAACUACAGGCCCCGACUGUCACUGUCGUCAAAAAUGUUUUACUAAUGUAUUGGAUGACCAAAAAUUAAAUUUACUUGUAACAUUUAAUAAUAUAAGUGAUAAGAACAAACAAGAUACAUAUUUGGGUGGAUUAAUUAGGGUCAAACCUGUUAUUCGUCAAAGGAAAAGAGAUGGUAGUCGACCAAGUAAAACAUGUUCUGUAAAAUAUGAGAUAAAAAGUGGUUUAAAUAUUAUCCCAGUGUGAAAAAUGUAUAUAUCAGCACAAAUUUUUUUUUCUAAAUACAUUAUAAGUACAUCUUUCAUUUGACAUACUUUUUAUUAAAAUUGGACAAUUUCCCCUUAUAUAGGGGGCGUUCAAAACUUAAAAUAUUGUAAAAAACAUAGAUCUUUUUCAACUGAACUUUUGAAAAUGUUCCGGAAAUACUGCGUCCUUUAAACAUAUAUCAAAUCAAAGGUUAUGUUAUAUACUAUCAAAUGAAAAAAAAAAAUUUGUCCCGACAUCUUAUCUUCUAU